GGAUUUGAAACAAAAUGUUGUGUACAAAUUAAAUCUUGAAUUCGGAAAGGAUAUCAAAUCUAUCGAGAAAAGCCAUGAUUUAUAUAAGAAACUUCAAGAGGAGAAAAAUUCUAUAGAAAAAUCACUUUCACUUGCUAGUAGUGAAGUACCUUCAAAAGUGAGUGCAGCUGUGAAGGGUGUUGAAGAUACCAGUCUUGAAAUAAACAGACUCAUAGACAAGUUUGAUGCUCUUAGCUCAGCUGUUGGAAAUCAGCUUACGAACAGUGAAGGAAUAGCCAUUCAGCUACAAGAAUAUAUCGAUAAGAUAGAUCUUUUAGAACGGACUUUAGCAUAUUUGCAGUGCAUCAAAACCAUUGAAGACAUAAGCAAAAGUCUGGAGUCUUCCUUAGCAGAAAAGGAUGAUCUUAAAUGUGUAGAACUAUACGUGUCCCUGUGCAGUCAGAACAAAGUACUUCAGCACUCAAAAUGCCAGCAUCUGGUGUCCUUUGUUAGUGAUACUGUACAUUUCUGGCACAAUCUACUGAAGCAGAAGUUUUCCACAGAGUUUGAAGCAGUACUGAAAGCGAUAAAGUGGCCGUUUUUGAACGUCGUAGCCACUCCACCACCAGAUGCCCUUCAUCGAUUCCAGCUUUUUACAGAAUUUCUGCUCAAGCUACAACUGCCUGAAGAUCUCUUGCCUCAACCAGUAGUUACAUCUACACUUUUGACAGAUUUUGCUCCUUUGUGUCUACCCAUUUCCUUGUUGAUUCGUCCACUAAGGAAACGAUUCCUGUUUCACUUCUAUGGGACAAGACAGACAAACCGUCCUGACAAGCCAGAGUGGUUCUUCACACAGAUACUGACAUGGAUACGGGAUCAUGAGAAGUUUGUGAGCCAGUGGGUGCAACCGGUGCUGAAUAUGAAUAAUAUGCACCCCAUAUCGGCUAAGCUGGAGAUGAUGCGUGGAUUGGUACAACUGGCAGUGGAGAAGCUUCACUCAGAGCUGCCACAUCUAAAGUAUGAUGAUACACUCUUCUCACAUACUGUUGAUGAGACACUUGGGUUUCAUCAUGAGUUACGUGAGAGUUUUGGUUACCCAUCUUCUCAGCCAAGUGUCAUUGGUGUUCUCACUCAAGCACAGAUUUUUGUAAAAUGGAUCCAUAUGGAGAAGAAAUAUGCAAGAGAGAAGAUGGAUGCCAUACUAAGCUCAGAUACUGCAUGGCUUCCAUUAGGAACUCCAGAACUUGAUGAACUGCGAGUCACGGAAUGUGGUGAGAGUUUCCUCACCCUGCUGCUCACUAUAACAGAACGAUACAGCAGUUUACCCCAGCCUGGGCAUCGGCUACAAUUCUUGGAACUACAACUAGAGUUGCUUGAUGAAUUUCGAGUUCGGUUACUGCAGCUGUUACACGAAAACUUAGACCCACUCAGCCCACGUUUUAUAGCCAUCCUCAACACCAUCAGCUACCUGGCAUCAGUCUUACAAGAAUGGGGUGGUCUCACGCACUUCCUACAGCUGCAGUAUUAUAAAGUCCAGUUCGAUAACGCUAGUACAAACCAAGGAACUGGUAGCUCAGAACUGGAAGGUCUCCAAGGGACAGUGUUUGAUGACAUAUUGGGACUUAUGUUGCGAAUGAAGGAUGAGCUCAUAACCUCUUUGUGUGAAGCAGUGAUGAUGGACAUCAUGGCUCGUAGUCGUGAGUACAGGAAAGACAAGUGGUUUGCAAUGCCAUCACCAAAGGAACUGGUAAACCCAACAGUGACGCCCAGUGUGUGCCUCAUGUUCCAAGUACUGGCCGAACGACUUCACCAACUACAAGAACGGCUAUCCGUUCCACUGUUCAGUGAAGCUUGGCAGACACUUGCACGUCAACUUAACCAGUUCAUCUAUGAAGAAGUGAUACUGCAGAACAACUUCAAUGAGGGUGGAGCAAUGCAGUUGCAAUAUGAUAUGACACGGAACAUGUUCCCACUUUUUGGGCAGUUCACUCAGAAGCCAGACAUCCACUUUCCUCAGAUAAAAGAGUCGUGCAUUUUGUUGAACCUCUCAAAAGGAUCUGCCCUUCUUCUAAGGGAUACACUCAGGUCAUGUCUGACAGAUGAUGAACUGGAGGGUUUACAGGAAGAAGAAGUGCUGUCAGAAAUUGGAGUUCACCGACUUGAUGCAAAAAAAUCCAUUGAUGUCCUGAACCUUCGCACAGAUCUCACACACAUUUAAUUUGUCACUGGUGAACAUGACUCAGUACUACUA